AUGGCUCUUCCUCAUCUACUUCUUCUGCUUAGUCUUCAUUGCUCAUUGUUUGUAGCAUUGGUAUCUGGUUGGAAGACAUUGCAAGGAUCACCACCAGUGGUAAUAGCACGCGGCGGAUUUUCGGGGUUAUUUCCAGAUUCUAGUUUACUUUCCUAUAACUUGGCACUAAAAACUAUUUCCCCAAAUGUGACUCUAUGGUGUGACUUGCAACUGACAAAGGAUGGAGUUGGGAUAUGUUUUCCAGACAUCAAGCUUGACAAUGCCACUGACAUUAUCGCUGUUUACCCCGACAAAGCUAAGGAUUACUUGAUUAAUAAGGUUCCAACUCGCGGAUGGUUUUCUGUUGAUUACAGUUUCAAUGAACUAGCUAAUGUCUCACUUGUUCAGGGAGUGUUUUCUCGAACGCCAUCGUUUGACGGACGUAAGUCUCACAUUCUCCGCGUCGAAAAUGUAGCUAAAUUAGUUAAAUCUCCAUCUACAGGCCUAUGGUUAAACGUUCAGCAUGAUAGAUUCUACAAGCAUCAUAAUUUGAGUGUAGAGAAAUUUCUUCACUCACUUUCAACUAAACAAGUAUCUAUCAGUUACAUCUCAUCGCCAAACGCAGAUUUCUUAAGAAGAGUAAGAUCAAACUCAGGUCUUAAAAAAACCGUCACAAUCUUUAGGUUUCUAGAGCUACAUGAAAUUGAACCUACAACCAACAAAACUUAUGGUGCACUCCUGAAAAACCUCGAAUUUAUCAGAACAUUUGCUUCGGGAAUUCUUGUUCCUAAAGGCUAUAUAUGGCCUGUAGACUCAGAGCUUUAUCUACAUAAACAUACUUCUCUUGUCUCAGAUGCUCAUAAACAAGGGCUGAAAGUUUUUGUUUCAGACAUUGUUAAUGAUGUUACAUUCAGCUACAAUUUCAGCUAUGAUCCUUUGGCUGAAUGUUUGUCUUUUAUCGACAACGGUGACUUCUCUGUCGACGGCAUUCUGUCCGAUUUCCCAGUAACUCCAUCUGUAGCCAUAAAUUGCUUUCCCGGUGUACGAAGAAAUUCCAAAAAACAAGUUGAUACUUUGAUUAUAUCGAAGUAUGGAGCAAGUGGAGACUAUCCUGCAUGUACCGAUCUUGCGUAUAAGAAAGCGAAAUCAGACGGAGCAGAUGUAAUUGAUUGUCCUGUUCAAAUCUCGAAAGAUGGAAUACCCUUUUGCUUAAGUUCUAUAGAUCUUUCAACGACCACAAAUGUGGCUCAAACGAAAUUCCGAACUCGCAAAACUAUUAUUCCAGAGAUUCAAAAGGGCAGUGGCAUAUAUACAUUUAGCUUGACAUGGAACGAAAUCAAAACAUUGACUCCCUCAAUAUUGAAACCUUAUGAGAAAUACCUAUUGUUCCGGAACCCAAAAUUCAAAAAUCAAGGAAAAUUCAUAACCUUGUCUGAGUUUUUGUCCUUGGCUAAAGGCUCUGGCGUUUUGAUCAACAUAGAGAAUGCUGCCUACCUUGCAUCGAAGCGGGGACUAAGUGUGACAAAAGCAGUCCUUAAAGCUCUACAAAAGGCUGGUUACGAUAAACCGAGAUCUCCUAAAGUUAUGAUCCAAUCAACGCACAGUUCGGUACUAAAGGUAUUCAAGGAUAAAUCCAAAUACGAAAGGGUUUACAAAGUUGACGAAAAUAUCCAUGAUGCCGAUGAUAAAGCUAUAGAGGAUAUCAAAACAUUUGCUGAUUCUGUUGUGGUGAAAAAAGCUUCUGUCUUUACUCAAAAUGCAGCAUUUCUUGUUAACUCUACAACUACCGUAGCAAGGUUUCAUUCAUUUAAGCUACCAGUUUAUGUCGAAACAUUCAGCAAUGAGUUUGUAUCUCAAGCAUGGGAUUACUACUCAGAUGCGUUUUUCGAGAUUAAUUCAUUUGUUAUUGGAGUCAAGGUUAAUGGCAUUAUUACCGACUUCCCUAAGACUGCUGCGCGAUAUACGAGGAACAGGUGUUUAAAGCAUGGCAAAAAAGCACCAUAUGUGAACCCUAUUGAACCUGGAAAACUUUUAAGACAAAUUUCCAAGUCAUCCCAUUUAACACCUUCCCCUCCACUUCCAGUCUUACAUGAUAGUAAUGUCACAGAGCCACAUUUGCCAAGUGUUUCUGGAACAUUUCCGAUUUUCGGUGCUGCUCGUUGA